AUGGCGGAUACCACUUCCAAGGCUCAAACCUUCAAACGGAGGCACAGGAUGUCGCCAGUACAGUCCCAAUUCUGGUUCUCAGAGCAAUACAUGAACGACCCUACGCAGUCCAACAUGGCAGUGACCUACAAAACGAGCGGCAAUUUUCAAGUACCGCAGUUCAGAAUGGCGCUUGAGCAAGUCCUUGCUCGGCAUGAGUCUCUACAAACUGCGUUCUUCAUGGAUCAUGACACCGGCAAACUGGUACAAGCGGUGCGAUGCGAGCCGUUGCCGUACUUCGAAUACAUCGAGGAUGCUGACGAGGUCUCGUACGUGAAGGAAUUUGAGAAAGCAAAGGAAAAAACAUGGCGGCUAGAUCAAGGUGAAGUUUUCCGGGUUACAGUCCUCAACAUAGGCACUGGGGACUAUAAAAUAUUAUUCUAUUUUCAUCACCUGGCAGUGGAUGCCUAUAGCUGGUCAAUCUUCCUAAAGGAAUUGAACUUAGCCUGCCAAGGGAAGGAGCUCCCGCCUAUGCCUCCGUCAUACACGGAGUAUUCAGAGGCGCAACAUCGUGCCAUCGAAACAGGAGAAUUUAAUCGACAAUUCAAGUAUUGGAGACAGAACCUGACGCCGCUGCCUGAGGUGAGUCCGUUACUUCCUUUUGCACGAGUGAAAGCUCGAGCAGCGACGAGGGACUUUCAGAGCCAUAUCACUACGACAGAGAUCAACCCGAGAUGUACGGAGCGGGUGAAGGCACUCUCACGAAGCUUGCGAGGGUCUCCGUUCCAUUUCCAUCUCUCUGUAAUUCACAUUCUUCUUUGUCGUUUAUUGGGCACCGACGAGGUCUGUAUCGGCACGACAGAUGCCGGGCGGUCUGAUUUCCGCUUUUCGAAUACCGUGGGGUUCUUCGUGAAUACCCUACCUCUUCGACUGCGAGCCGAGCAGGGAGAUAACUUCACUACUUUGUUCCGUCGAACUGCAGGAACUGCAGUCUCAGCACUGAGCAAUUCGGCCGUGCCGUUUGGAUAUAUUCUAGAUCAGCUUAAUAUACCUCGCUCCUCACAACACACACCGAUCUUUCAAAUAAUGGUGAACUAUCGCAUGGGCGAGGUGAUGAACCUGCCAAUGGGCGAUGCUUAUUUGAAGUAUGUGGAUGCCGUCCAGGCGAGGUCUCCAUACGAUAUGACCAUUAAUAUCACGCCCUCGGCUACAAGGCCGUGGAUGCUCGAGGUCGUCUGUCGUAAUUAUCUCUAUAGUCCGGAAAGCGCGCAGAGAUUCACAGACAUAUAUUCUCAUCUUCUGCAGCAAAUUUGUGACGAUCCGACUCUCUCCGUUGAGCGCUAUUCUCUGUUUCCGACGACCCUCAUUAACGAUGCUCUUCGUCUCGGAGAGGGUGAGAUUCAAGAACACCAGUGGCCGGAGACGUUAGUUGAGCGCUUUGACAACAUCGCAAGAGAGCAUGCAGAAGCCGUUGCAGUGACUGAUGCAUCAGGACCCCAUAGCUAUGCAGACCUGGCAUCUUUGAUAAAUGGAAUUGCUGGUGCUCUGCUCGAGACGGGUAUUGAGGUUGAAGCACGAAUCGCGGUCCUCUGUGAGCCUUCCCUGCAAGCUAUCGCCGCGAUGCUGGCCGCUCUUCGAGUCGGAGCGGUGUAUGUCCCAGUGGAUAUUGGUCUUCCAGUAGAGCGUCAGACGUCUAUCCUAGCGGAUUGUAAACCAGCAGUGCUGGUUUGCCAAGCUACAACCAUGGGAACUGCGAAGAUCCUAACGGGAGAUGGCAUCUACAUUAUCAAUACCGACAGCCUUGACACAUCACAGUCCACGGCACCUGCACCCAAUAGAGGAGAACCCACCUCCCUUGCCUUCAUUCUUUACAGCAGUGGCUCCACCGGAAAGCCAAAAGGAAUCAUGCUCCCACAGGCCAUGUUCAGAAACUGGAUACCCGCCCAAGCACAAACUUUCAAAUACCGACCCGAGACGGUGCUGCAGCAGAGCUCUCUCGGAUUUGACAUGUCCAUCGCCCAGAUGUUCUUAGCUCUUGGAUUUGGCGGAACCCUAGUGAUAGUACCCCAAAACCUCCGCUUCGACCCUAUCGGAAUUUCACGGUUAAUGGUCUCAGAACGAGUAACGCUAACCUUCGGCACACCCGCAGAAUACACAAUGCUGCUCCGCUAUGGUAUUGAGUACCUGACUUUACUACGGUCGUGGCGUUUCGUUUAUGUCGGCGGAGAACUUGUAACCGACCACCUGAUCUCAGAGUUCCAUCAACGUUUGAGUUGUUACUGUCCCAAUAUUACCAUUGCCUAUGGCCCUACCGAGGCAGGAGGGGUCGUAUGCACUCGUCCUCUUUCUGGUAAAGAGGAGAGUAUCAUGGAAGGGAACGUGGGAAAAGUUUUCCCUAACACAUCCUUGUACAUUGUAGACGAUAACGUGAGUCUGCUUCCGCCGGGAUUUCCUGGAGAAAUCUGCAUCGCUGGCGGGGGUGUGGGAUUGGGAUACCUAGAUGCCACAAUGGCCGAAGGGAAAUUCCUCAACAACCCAUUUGCCUCUGCAGAGUAUCGAUCUCGCGGGUGGACGAAGCUGUACCGGACAGGGGACAAAGGCAAGCUGUUAGAAGACGGAUCACUACUAUUCAUGUCCAGACUGGCCGGUGAAACGGUGCUGAAACUUCGUGGAAUACGCGUGGAUCUGGAAGAAGUGUCCCACGCCCUUUUGGAAGCAGCUCCUGAUCUGAUUUCGCAUGCAAUUGUCUCGGCAAGAGGGCAAGGAGAAUCCCGGUUUCUCGUCGCGCAUGUUGUUCUAGCACCGGGUAAGGCUGCUAGUCACGUCGAGCUUCAAACUAUAGCCGCCAAUCUUCCCCUGCCUCAGGCAAUACGUCCGAGUAUCAUUGUACCGGUUGAUACGAUACCUACGACGCCGAAUGGCAAGGUUGACAGGAAAGCAGUCGCCGCACUUCCAUUACCAGAGACGAACGCUGCCUCGAAGGCCGACCAGUCUUUCACGCUUGCAGAAGCCGAACUCAAGAUGCACUGGGAGGAAGUCUUAUAUCAGACGGCUCCUGCAAUGCCGAUUUAUCCCAAGUCCGAUUUCUUUGCUGUAGGCGGGACAUCAAUCCUCCUAGCCAAGUUACAGGGUACGCUCAGGCAAUCCACAGGAAUCACCAUCCCUCUGGCGGAGCUAUUCAAGUCCAGCACCCUGAACAAGAUGGCCACCAUGCUGAGCUCGAAGAAGUCAGAGAUCAUGGACGACACAAUAAACUGGGACGAAGAAACAAAAGUGCCCGAUCAUUUCGUUCAAUACCGCCGUCACCAACCGGGCCCCUGUCGCCCACCUAUCGUCCGCGAAGUCCUUUUGACUGGCUGUACAAGCUUCAUUGGCAAAGCCAUCCUCACCACACUUCUCGACACGCCCACAAUCACAAAGGUCCACUGCAUUGCCGUCGCACCCGAACAAUCAUCAUCCUUGCCCUCCUCCGAUCGAGUCAUAAUCUACACCGGUCAUCUAACGGACCCUCUCCUCGGUAUCCCAAAAGCGAACUUCUCCACCCUCCACUCAACAAUCGACCUGAUCGUCCACGCCGGCACAUUCGGCAACUGCAUGAACCGGUACUCUUCCCUCCGUGUGCCCAAUUUUCAUUCAACUAUAUUCCUUGCGGAAUUUGCCGCUCGCGCUCAUAUCCCGCUGCACUAUAUCUCCUCAAACCGGGUGACCCUUCUCUCAGGGAAGACAAGCUACCCGCCGAUCUCGGUAUCAUCUUACCAACCGGCAACAGAUGGGUCAGAGGGGUUUGUCGCAGCUAAAUGGGCGAGCGAGAAGUUCCUUGAAUCUGUAUCAAAGGAAAUAGGAUUAAACGUGUGUAUCCAUCGUCCUUGCUACGUUAUUGGUGAGGACGCACCAAGUACGGAUACAGUGAACGCUGUUAUCCACUUCUCGCGGGUCCUUAUGACGGUCCCGGCGUUGGAGGGAAUGGAUGGGUAUUUUGAUUUUAGGGAAGUUGCAGAAGUGGCGGAUGGGAUUGUGCAAACCAUCCUUGCUUCCGGGUCUGGUGAGGAGAAGUUAAGAUAUAAACACCAUUCGAGUGGUGUGAAGGUUCCGAUACGGGAAUUGGGCGCCCAUUUGGCGAAAUUAUAUAGAGGGGAAUAUGGGAAGGUUAGUACGCAAGAGUGGUUAAGACUUGCUGGUGAGGCAGGAAUGGAGGUUAUCGUGGGGAAGUUUAUGGAGGCUGUUAUCGAGACCGGCAUAGCUAGGUCGUUUCCGUUCUUGGAGGACGAGGACAAGGCAUCUGAGGUGUAG